AGUCUGGUGGCUAAUAUAUAAAAUAAAGAUAUAUAUCAUAGUCAAAUGUUAAUUAUUUUAUUUAGUGAAAUGAAAUAUAUUUUCUUAUUGCUGUGCAUUUUGGCUGUGGAAUAUACAAACGCGCGUUAUGCGCGUUGCAUUAAUCCCAAUCAGCGAGCCGGCCUGUGUGUGCAGAUAAAUGAGUGCCAGACAUUGUAUUCGGUGCUGCAGCAGGCGAACCUGUCGCCGACAGAGAAGCAGUUCAUCAAGGCCUCCAGUUGUGGUGUGGGCCAAGACAAUCGUCCGUUUGUCUGCUGCACCCGGGACACGGGCUAUACGCGCAGUCGUCGUGUGACGUCCAACUUUGGUGAUUAUGCGGACUUCAGUGAUCUCAGUGAGGGCUACGAUUUUGACUGGAAUCGUUCACCCAAUACGCCGAGCACUGUGCUCUUUCCCAGCGCAGAUCGCCGACCCUGGAGCUUUGGUAUUGAUGAGCAGACAGCAGACAGCAGCCGGCUGCAGGGUCAGGGCCAGCCCCAACAGGUGGACGGUGCCAGCCUGCUGCCCCAGCCGCCAACCUGCGGCGGCGUGACCAUAGACAAUAAAAUAUAUGGCGGCGAGGAUGCUGACCUAAACGAAUUCCCCUGGAUGGUGCUGCUCGAGUACAGACGUCUGGCCGGCACCGGACUCUCGACCAGCUGUGCGGGCACGCUAAUCAACCAGCGCUAUGUUCUAACAGCUGCCCAUUGCCUGGUCGGGCGCAUAGUGCGCGAAAUUGGACCACUUGCCUCCGCGCGUUUGGGCGAGCACGAUACGCGCAGUGCAGUGGACUGUCCCGCCGGCGGCGUGCGACCCUGUGCGCCGGCAGCGCAGCGCUUGGGCAUUGAGGAGAUGCGCGUACACGAGCUCUACAAGGAGAAGACGCCAAAUCAGGCACAUGACAUAGGCCUGGUUCGUCUGGAGCGCAAUGUGCGCUACUCGAACAGCAUUCAGCCCGUCUGUCUGCCCUCGGUGGUGGCGCCGGAAGCAAAACGUGCCGGACAACAGUACACGGUGGUCGGCUUUGGCCGUACACUGCAGACCGCACGCAGUCCCGUCAAACAGAAGCUAUCGGUGGGCUUCGUGGAGCCGGCGCAGUGCAAGCGCAAGUUUGCCGAGCGCAAGAUCAACAUAAUGCCGACUCAGAUGUGUGCGGGCGGCAAAUAUGCGCAGGAUAGCUGCGACGGUGACUCCGGCGGACCGCUAAUGCGUUUCCGCGACAAUGCCUGGGUGCUGGAGGGCAUUGUGUCCUUUGGCUACAAGUGCGGCCUCAAGGACUGGCCGGGUGUUUACACAAGCGUCGCUGCCUACGAUAUUUGGAUAAAGCAGAAUGUGAGAGCCUAAGCGCAGCUCUUUAGCCUAGCUUUAAACUGAAGCUCGAAUUGUGAUCUUGCCUAUAUACUCGUUUAUAUGAAUAUCAAUAACAUAUUAAUUUAACAACUAGACAUAAGUGUUAGCCAAUAAAUAUAUAAAUAUUAUAUGUAUUUUAGAGACAAUGCACACAAAGUGAA